AGAAUUUAUAAAUUGCAAUGCAAAAAUAUUGUUAUGAAGGCUAAAAGUGUACAAUUACUAUAACACUGUAAUAACAUGGAAAACAAAGUGGUUGAUAACAUUUUAUUUAUUUUGUAAAAUUUGAGGAAGGACUUUAAAUUAAAGUAAUUUACUCGAACAAAAUCUUCUAAUUGAAGUGUUGAGUUUAUUUGAGCAUUUAAAAAACGCCUAAAAAGCGACUAAAUCGAUCCACUGAUGGUUCUAAUCGUUAUUGUAUCGAGCAUGUACGUAUUUGAUUCUCGCCGUAUGUAUUAACGUGUGUUUCCAUUGCCGCGUGCUCCUCCCACCUGCCUGCUAAGGUUGCGCGCUGCCGGUGAGUUUUAUAGCAACUGUUGCCCGGUGAGGCAGCGCCAUAGUCACCGUAGUCCUGGCGACUGUAACCCACCAACAACAACCUCUCGCUCCAUCAUUACCACCUCCUCCAUCAUCCUCAUCUUCAUCAACCAGUCCACGGCUCAGGCGCCAUGCAGACCCCUGAGGCGGGCGCUGACUCCACCUCCACUGUCCCUCUUCAGACCACUGUGCCUGUCCAGCCUACUGGCUCCACCCAGCAGGUGCCUGUCCAGCAGCAGGCCCAGACUGUUCAGCAGGUUCAGCAUGUUUACCCAGCACAGGUGCAGUAUGUGGAGGAAAACAGUGGCGUCUACACCAACGGCAACAUAAGGACUUACUCGUACUCAGAGCCGCAGCUGUACAGCCAGAACAGUGGAGGGAGCUACUUCGACACGCAGGGGAGCUCGUCGCAGGUGUCCACUGUGGUGACUACCCACGGCCUGACCAACAAUGGAGGAGGAGGAACCGGAGGAAUGAGCAUGGGUCUCGCAGGGGGUCAAGUAAUCAGCAGCAGUUCAGGGGGUUACCUGAUGGACAAUGCUGGACCCCACCCUGCCACGCAGACGGCACGAGCCUCCCCGGCCACUAUUGAAAUGGCGAUUGAGACGCUCCAAAAAUCUGAGGGUUUAUCCAGUCAGAGAAGCUCGCUGCUCAACAGCCAUCUCCAGUGGCUGCUGGACAAUUAUGAGACAGCAGAGGGGGUGAGUCUACCGCGGUCUACCCUCUACAAUCAUUAUCUCCGCCACUGCCAGGAGCAGAAGCUGGACCCCGUUAAUGCAGCCUCAUUUGGCAAACUAAUUCGCUCCAUCUUCAUGGGACUCCGCACACGGCGCCUUGGAACAAGAGGGAACUCCAAAUAUCACUACUAUGGUAUACGUGUGAAACCAGAUUCACCGCUAAAUAGACUUCAAGAAGACAUGCAGUACAUGGCUCUGAGGCAGCAGCCUGUUCAGCAGAAACAGAGGUUCAAGCCGGUGCAGAAGUUUGACAGCAGCUCUGGGGAGAAUUACUCAGGUGGAGGCCAGCAUCAUCCUGGUGCAGCAGAGCAGACGGUCAUUGCACAGAGCCAGCACCACCAGCAGUUCAUAGAUGCAUCACGGGCACUCCCUGACUUUGUUGAGCUGGACCUGGGACAGAGCAAUACGGAGAACAUCAGCUCAGAGGAUGUGAAAGCUCUCCAGUCCCUUUACAGAGAGCACUGUGAGGCAAUCCUUGAUGUAGUUGUCAACCUUCAGUUCAGCCUAAUUGAGAAGCUGUGGCAGACAUUCUGGCGUUAUUCUCCCCCUGAAACAGUAGAGGGCGCCACUGUAACAGAAAACAGCAGCAUAAGCGAGAUUGAAGCCCGACUCCCUCGAGCACGGCUGCUGGUGCUGUGCAGAAAUGAGGCAGUUCUGAAGUGGAUGAGCACCUGUGACCAUUUAAUGUACCAGGCCCUCGUGGAGAUCCUUAUUCCUGAUGUCCUGAGACCCAUUCCCAGUGCCUUGACUCAAGCCAUUCGCAACUUUGCCAAAAGCCUGGAAGGUUGGCUUAAUAAUGCCAUGAAUGCCAUUCCGCAGAGAAUGAUCCAGACCAAGAUUGCCGUUGUUAGUGCCUUUGCGCAAACGUUGCGCAGAUAUACGUCACUGAACCACCUGGCUCAGGCGGCACGCGCUGUGUUGCAGAACACAUCCCAGAUCAACCAGAUGCUGAGUGAUCUGAACCGUGUUGACUUUGCCAACGUACAGGAGCAGGCAUCAUGGGUGUGCCAGUGUGAGGAGACGGUGGUUCAGCACUUGGAGCAGGACUUCAAGGCCACGCUGCAGCAGCAGAGCUCCCUGGAGCAGUGGGCAGCCUGGCUGGAUAAUGUGGUCACCCAGGUGCUGAAGCCCUAUGAGCACAGGCCCAGUUUCCCCAGAGCAGCUCGACAGUUCCUGCUCAAAUGGUCCUUCUACAGCUCUAUGGUGAUCAGGGACCUGACUCUGCGCAGUGCUGCCAGCUUUGGUUCCUUUCACCUGAUUCGCCUGCUGUAUGAUGAGUACAUGUUUUACCUGGUGGAACAUCGGGUGGCUCAAGCUACCGGAGAGACGCCUAUUGGUGUAAUGGGCGAGUUUGACAGCCUCAACACCUUAUCCCUUGCAAACAUUGAUAAAGAUGAAACGAGUGGAAUGGACAGUGACUUGGAAGAGUACUCGGGGGAGUCCGGAGAACCUCUUGCCAAGCGGGAGAAGUCGGAGCAUGAGGUAAUCCAGGUGAUCCAGGUUGGAGCCCUGGAGGACGGAUCCCAUCCCGUGGUGGGCGUCGUCCAGCCGAGCGUCCUCCACUCCCUGCCGCAGCCCCAGCAGGACCACACCGAGCACAUCCUAACACCCCCCACUGGUACUCCCACCAUCCGCCACUGCACAGGCAACACGUACGCCUCCGUUUGAGGGUCUGAGGGCAGAGCUGAACGUGUCCGGUCUGAGUUUUGUUUUUAUUUUGUCCCCGCCGAUCAGAACCCGUAAGUGUAGUGUCCUUUUCAUGCAUCGUCUGCCGUUUGCGCCUGUGUGAGCGUAGUCUCCUCUCUCUGUGUGGCCCCGUCCGCUGAGGAGGGAUCGUCUGACCUAGAAGUGCUGUCUUUGUCUGACUGUUUCCAAUCUGGAUGUCUAGUCAUCCUGUAAAGAAAAAAAAAAAGCGCGGCAGGCGGCGUAAGGGACGUGGAGGGAAAGGACUAAAUUUGACCAUUUUAACAGUUUGAGCGCAAAACUACUGAUGUCUCUGAGCUCAAAUCCAUGUCACAAGUCCCAGCAGAGCAGAGCGCCGACCUACUCCAAACACCACCCACUGUACAUAGUAAUUGGUAUCACUCGAAGCUCAUGGUGCUAUCAUUGUGCUUUAAGUUCUCUAGUUGUUUCUUUGAUUGAUUUCUGUUUAUAUGCAUUCUGAUACACACCAGACUAGCUGAAGUAUACUAAAUAUACACUCACAUUUACAUCGAAGUAUACUAGCUAGUGUGUGAGUAUUGUAUGUAGCUAAAAACAGGGAAACGUUCUGUUUCGUGUGAUGCUAAACAGGAUUUUGGGCCAGUCGCCACCAGCAAACGUCCCGUAACAUUUGCGCUGCUGAACACUGAGAUUAAAUUGUUUAAAAAAAAAAAAAAAAAAACCCUCAGCUCUAGCUUUUCUGUGCGUCACACCGUCCUCUUAAUGCGGAUUCAUGGGAUGUGUUGCAAUCUUCAAAACGCCCUACAUUACUCCUCCUACCACUGGUUUUUGCCGCUUUCUGGUUCUUUUUUAGGAAUUUGCAUUUACGUUUGCAGUGGACCAAAUAUAUAUAUAAAAAAAAAAAAUAGGAAGCUGAGAGUGAGCCAUUCGGGGCCACGCGAAAGCUGUUUCCUGUCCCACAGUGCCAUGUUGCAGAGCAGAAGGAAUGUCAGGGAUAUAAUGUACCUCGGCUUUAUCAUAGUGCCUUAUCCUUAAAUGCAGCUGUCCAUGUAGUCCUGACUGUGUGCUGUAGAGACGCCCACAGCCCUCUCUACGUUGUCCCAGCCUCACAUUUGGCUUUCUGGUGACUCGUUGCUGGAUUUGGGCUGGCUCAUCAGUACUGAGACCCGGGGGGUAGGCGGGCACAGACACACACCUGUUGGGUUUUUUUUUUUUUGGUUUAUUUUCCUCUAUAUCAGCUCUCCCAAACCAUGGUCUUUAUUGCUCCUGCCCUCACUCUGCCCUCUUGAAGCCUAUUAGCCUUUGUCAUCUGGUAAAAGGUGCCUGCGUUUGUUUGUUUGUGUGUGUGUUUGCGUGUGUGUGUGUGAUAGACCCGCAAUGUGCUUUUUUUGAGCUCCACGUGUCUGCAUCCGUGUGCUUGUAUGUGCGUGUUGGAAACACAUCCAUCAGUCACCCUACCUCAAACCAGUGGUGCCAGCCCUUUGAUGCGUGCAGCACAGUCGCCCAACCUUAUUGCACACAACCACCACUGUACUGCACAAAUCUUAACGUGACGGAGAGAAACCCACAUUGUUUUUUCUCUCACCUCUGAUAACCCUUUUUUUUUGGUUUUUUAUUUUAUGUUGAUGCUACUUUUUUUCUGUUCUUGAGCCCGUUAAAUGCUUUGCUCCCUGUUAGAAGAUCCUCUUUGUACAGUGGACCAAAAGUAGAUAUUUUCUGAUAUUCAAAGAGAUAUAUAGACAGAUAGAUAUAUAUAUCAGAAUAUAUAUGUAUAGUAUAUGAAAUGAUGACACUACAUCUGUUUGUUUCUCUUUUGUGAUUGAUCUGAUUGUUAAUAUGUGAAUGUUUUUUUUUUGUUUUUUUUUCCCGUAGCUCAUCUGUCACUAGUUUAGAGACUGUAAAAUGGGAAAAGCUUGUGGAAACUAACUUCUUUAGAUCUAUACUUGAACUGUUCUAUGUUUUAGAGGAAGGGGCGGGGUCUACUGAAGCCCCUUCACUCAAAAAAUUCUGUUACUAAGAGUUUUUCUUUCUUUAUGCUUGUUUAAAACGGCCGUUUCUCCAUCGUAUAUUUAUUUAUUAAUAUUUAUUGUAUUUUUCUUUUGUUUUACAUGCUUGUAAUUCUUUUAAGGAAGAAUUAUGAACUAUACUACUGCAAAGCGCAGACCUACUGUACAGAGAGAGCUGUUUUUUUUUGUUUGUUUUUUUGUUGUUUACCCCAACAUGGUGUAUUAAAUCCGUGUAGAGUAAGGAAAAAAAAAAAGGUUUAAAAGAGGGAUUUUUUUUUGUUUGUUUUUUUGCCAAAUAAAGCCUCUAAAACAAACAAACAAAAAGGCCUUUUAGAAAUGACCAUCCCUCUGGAUUAAGCCACCCUGGUUUUAUUUUGAAGGCUUGGGACUCUGAGUUGAUCAUGCUUAAUUGGUAACAAAUACGGGUGAAAAUAUAGCAAAGUUUUUUUUUUUUUUUUUUUUUUUAAGGUUAACAAAUCUGUGGACACCCCUUGAUGUUGUUUUACAGGAUUGUUUUUGUUUUAAAGGGUAAAAACAACGACGCCUUCACUUAGUAAACCCGUGGAACACGUCAGUCUCUGUUUACUCCGAUUAAGCUGAUCUGACUUUCAGUUUCAGACGUUUGCAAGAAAACGCAAACACCACCUCACGUGAGGCAGCUGCGGUGUUAAAGUCAGAUGUUUUUAUUUUUUCUUUGUAUCUUCAUCAUGACCUUAAGAAUUCGUUUUUCUGAAACUGAAAACAGAAAAAUGUCUGGCUUGAAAAUUGAUCACAUUAAAAUAUUUCUUCACAAUCUUGAAAUGUUGUUUUUACAGUUAUAUAGGAUUGAAAGUUAUUUUUUAAUUAUGCUUUUUUUUCUCUUCGUGGCAUGUUUACUGUUUUCUCUUUUUUUUCCAGAAAUUUAAAUAUAUUUGGUACUUUGGAUGGUGACUUGUAUUAUUUUUGUGCCUGAAGUGAAAAUGGCUUAAAGGAUGUUUUUCUUGGAAUCUCAAUUGUGUGCUUUUUGUAAGUGCUUUCUGGUCUUGCACUCCUGCCAUGUGCUGCUAGCAGUUGUUUGUCAAUCUUUCCUUAAACAUUUUUGUUGUCAUUAUUUAAAAAGUGCUGCCUGAUAAAACACUGGACUGAUGGUAAUGCUGCAACAAAACUGUACCUAAUUUCUUUGAUUUUUAAAAGAUUUUUUUUUAUAAAAAGCUGUUUGCAAACAAGACCGUUUCAAAGUACUUCAACUAUAUGCGAGAACUGCCUGGAUGUAGACUACGCGGCAGCUUCACUGACCCAUAGCAAACUCUGGUGCCUUUAAUUUUGCCCCCCGGCUGCAGCAGAUGGCCUGGGUGACUGCUGGGUCUCUGGUGGGCUACAGAUGGAGGCUAUAGGGCCGGCCUAUACAUGCACAAGUGCUGCCACUGAAAAGACAGUUUUUUUUGUUUUGUUUUUGAGGAGAAAUCCCUCAGACUCAACUACUGAUGAGUUACUGGAUGUCGACAACCACUGACUUGUGCAUGCACACACUCGACUAGAAAUACAAGAACCCGCAAACAACUUUUACAUGUAUAGUACUGGUAAAAUGUACAAAGAGAGUGACUGUAAGUAAAAAAUGCUCUCUUAAGUUUUUUUUUUUUUUUUUUUUGAUUUGUCAAAUAUUUUCUGAAUGCUGUGACCUGUUUUGAGAUUUGUUAAGUGCCAUUUGAGUCUAGUGAGUCGUGGCCAUCUGUAGCACGCUCUACUGCAAGCACAAGCAUUUGGCAGUGGCAUUUGGGGCACGGUUUCUGUUUUAGUUCACCUUGGGCGAAAUGUGUAUAUAUUUAUAUAUAUUAUAUUAAAAAAAGUAUCCUUCUGUCCAGAA